GCCCCUGGCUUGGUGGUCUGGGCUAUGCCAGCUUCAUGGUGUGCGCCGUCGUGGCCCUGUACUACAGUGUCAUCGUGUCCUGGAGCCUCUUCUACCUGGUUCAGUCCUUCCAGUCCCCACUGCCGUGGGCCUUGUGCCCGGAACCGCGGAACUCGAGUAAUGGAGAUCCUGAGUGUGAGCGGACAACAGCCACCACCUACUUCUGGUACCGGAGGGUGUUGAAGGCCGCAGGUGACAUCGAGGACGGUGGGCUGCCCGUGUGGCACCUCAGCCUGUGUCUCUCCGUGAGCUGGCUCCUAACCUGCCUCUCCAUGAUGAAAGGGCCCAGAUUCACGGGGAAGAUGCUGUAUGUCUCGGUGCUUUUCCCCUACCUCAUCCUUUCCGGUCUCCUCGUCUGGUCGCUGCUGCUGGAGGGUGCGACUUUUGGCAUCAAGACUUUGUUGGCCGCCAAGAUGACAGCCCUGUACUCCAUGGAAGUGUGGCGCCGGACAGGGAAGCAGCUCUUCUUUUCCCUGAGCUCUGGGUUUGGCAGCUUCACCGCGAUCGGCUCCUGCAUCCCUCGCUCCAACAACUGCGUCGGCGACGCCUUCGGCGUGGCUCUCCUCCACCUGGUCACCUCGAUGAUCACCACACUCGUGGUAUUUGCCAUCAAGGGCCACCAGGCCACCGUGAAGAUGCGGCAUUGCUACCUCAAGUGA